AUGCCGUUGGAUAGAGAAGACUUGGCCAAGUUGAUGGACAAACUAGAAACUGCCGAAAAGUUUAAGAAUCCAAAUAGAAAACGGACAAAGCGCAGAUACAGAUCAUUAAGACAGGUCUUGAGAGAUGAUGAAAAGCGAAUUCAACAGAAAAGGGACGAGUCUAAAACACCAAUUGCUAAUGUUGUCACAUACCAAUCAGUUACUGCACCACCGUCGUUAAAGCCAGUGAAAACCUACUGCGAUAUAACUGGGCUCCCAACCAAUUACAGAAGUCCAACCACAAGAAUGCGUUAUUACAACAAGGAGUGCUUUGAUAUGAUCAAGUCGCUUCCCCCGGGUGUUGACCAGCAGUAUUUGGCAUUGAGAAAGGCAAACGUGAUCUUGAAAUGA